AAUUCCCGCACACCUUGCCUUUUUAAAUUUCCUUCCAGAUCCGCUGAAUCGAACCCUAACCCUAGCUCCAACCUAUAAUUACUUCAAUUGAGAUGUGCGAUGUUUAAUUAAUGGAACUUCGAAGGCAAGAGCCCCAUACUCCCAUAGUCAGCGGGGAAAUUGGAAUGUGAUGUCCUGGCCGUUGCCAGUUGCCGGUUGCCACUAGCUUCUUUUGAAGAGAUUUUUUCUGGUUUUUGGCAUGGAGGGGGUUUUGCUUGCAACGCAUGCUUAAUGAUGACUUGUUAGUGAUGCAGUAACUGUUAAAGAAAUGAGGAGAGGUUACUUUGUGAAGAACUUAAUAGCUUUUGUAGGAGUGGUGAUUUCUAUCUGUUGCCUUUUGGUGAUUAUGGUAUCAGUUCUCCAGCUUCCAGAGGUAUCACUCAGAAAUAAUGUAACAGGCCCUAACAGAACCAUUAGGAUCAGGAAGGUUUACAAGGAUGAAGAAAUUGGGAGAUUUGGUGAGAUGAUGCUUGAAAUGUUGCCAGAAGAUCUUGCUUUUACAGUCUUUGUCCCGUCGGAGAAAGCUUUCCAUCGUGAUCUAAGGCUACUGCUGAAUGAUAGUUUGGUAGCAGAGAAGAGGAAUGAUACAUAUGCUAUAAUUUCCCGCAUACUGGGCUUCUCAGCUGUUCCUCAAACUCUUUCUUCAACUACAGUAUCCUCUAGUAAAGAGGUCUUCUAUGAUUCCUUAUCUGGGUUUACAUUGUACAUUUCAAAGGAUUUAGAUGGAAUGCUGGUAGUUAAUAGAAUUCGAUCAGAAAAGGUAGACCUCAGGAGAGGGCAGAUUGUUGUACAUAUUAUGGAUGGGGUGAUCAUGGAUGCGGAGUUUGAACAGGCAGUUCAGCCUGAUUACACAGAAGAAGAUUGAUUAGAAACAAGGCAUGUAUCUUUCAAAAGACCGAGUUUUUGUUGUAUCGCCAGGUUUUAACUUGUAAGGUGUAAAUUGAACAAGAUAUAUCUUUGUUUGGGGGAUAACGCAGUUUUAUCUAUUUAAAGCCAUGUCAAAAAUCUGACUCUUUCAUAA